CACCCACCCACAUCCCCAUGUGUGUCUUCUUCUUUCUCCUCCUUUUCAUUCUCAGCACCACCGCCACCCUACCCACCCGCCUCACCUCCGGCCUCCCACCAUGCUCAACUGCGCCGAUACAACUCGAUCCGCUGCCAGCACUGACUGUGACGGGAAAAGAUGUCUUCCAGCUGCCGACGAUGCCAUCGUGCACAUCGCGUGAUCAGCGGCUACCAUCAGCGUCGUCAUCUUGGGUGGCAUACUGCUCGUGGGCUGUCGUGCUCACUGCCUACGACUUGGAGCGGAACGCGACGACCGUCAUUGCCAGGCCGUCACAGGAGGACAAGGCGUUCGGAUCAAUGACUCUGGCCUUUGUUGACUCUGACAAUUGGAUUGACAUUGUCGUGGCAGAGCUCACCGGUGUCGGUGCUGGGCAGGCUGCGAGUGGAACGCUUGUGGUUCUCCGCGGAACGUCGGACGUGAACCAGUUCCUACCGGCCGUCGAGCUCAUUCCGCCUUCUACCGCACCGGCCGUCUUUAUCUCCUCGCUCUUUAUGCCUGGGCAGAUGCUGAGCGCCAUGCCUGUGAUCAAGCCGACGUUCCCGCUCGUUCUGGCCACAGCCGGUGUCGAUCCGGCUGCCGGCGAGUCUGUGGCCCAUGCGGUCGUCCUCACGCACCCUUUUCCAGCGCCAGCUGCGGUAGUCAACAUCUCGACGUACACCUACAUUGACGAGUCGUUCACUGGUGUCUGCGUUGUUGACAUGUACACCCUGCUUGUGCUCCACAACGGAGUUGUGACUGCGUACGCUUCGCCGAUCUCGCCAACCCCAUUUCGGCCGAUCAGACUCUAUCCCAAGAGCGACCCACUCGGGCCGCUGUUCACGGCUAUGGCGGCGCUUGACGACAUCAAUGCCGACGGGCUCGGCGAUGCUGUUGCGGCAGGCUACAACAACUACCGGGUCGACUCGGGCGUGGUGUUGCUUGUUCUCUCCAACGGCUCACCGGGCCUCUUCCGCACGGCCCACGUGUCGUCGGGCGAUCCCGGUGUCGGCGUCUUUGACUCGGACGGCCAUCCGACAGUUAUCUUUGGCACCAAGCUCGGGCUUUCAACAACGACACCGGCAACGGUCUUUUCGGCCCGUAUUGACGUCGCGCCCGGCUCACCGGCUCCGAUCUAUGGCCUCUCACGGCUCUACGCCAACAGCCACAUUGAUGCUGUCGGCAUGGUCACUGCGCCGCGCGGGAGCAACGUCUCCACCACGCCGUUCGCCUUUAUUCACGCAUGCGGCAAUGGCGGUCUCUGCGGAAGCACCGCUCGGCCACCGUCCGGCCCCACCCCGCGCACCUUUCUCGCUCUUGCGCUCCCCGGCGAGCCGCUGCAGGCCAACCCUACCGGCGUCUCGUGGGUGACCGGCCUCAUCGACGAUGACACCGAGCCGGACAUUGUCGCCUUUGCCGGCGGCGCCAUCAUCACCUUUAUCAACGCUGUAGCCGCCAACGCCGCAGACCCAGACAUCCCGGCGUGGUCGCGUGUCGUCGGUCCGGCGCUUCCGGCCCCAGCUGUCCUCGCCCAGCCGCUUGUCACCGCCACGCUUUCAGACAUCGACGGCGACGGCGACCUUGACGUGGUGUGCUCGGUUGUCGACCUCGCGCUCGUCGGCGAGCUUUCAUCGCUCUACAUGCUGCUCAACACCGGCGGCGGAACGUGGGCUCCGCCGAGUGCUAUGACCGACGCCUCGCAGUUUGCCCUUGAUGCCGGCACCGUUUACGGCCUUGCCUUUACCGACACUCCCCUGCCAGGCUUUGUUGUUGUCGGCCACACCGGGCCCACUGCACCGAGCCGAGUUCUUCUUGCCGUGCCAAACUCCGCCCACCCAACUGAAACCUACACCCUCUCGUCCGUACUGCCGGAGCUUGCUGUGGCGCCGCCCGGCCUCAGGCCGGUCACGCUCCCGUCGACGCUCCCGCGGCUCACCGAUUUGCUGGUGGUCACUGCUCCGCCGAGUCCGCAUCUCCUCGCCAUUGCCACCAACCCGGGCACGGGCGGUGGAAAGUGGACAAGCGCAGCUGUACAUGCGCCUAUCCUCGACGAUCAGCUGCUAGUCGAUGUUGCCGUCGGCUCACUCCUCGGCACUGCCUACGACGACGCGGCGCUACUCGCCACCGACGCCAGCUCGCGCAGCGUUGUGCUUGUCUUUCUCUCACAGACACCGACUUCCCCGCCUACCGCUCAGCUCACGCUGCCGACAGCGGAACCAGCGUCUUGCAGUCUUGUGGGCAUGGGUCAGCUGGCGGCCGAGGCUGGCGGACAGAACGCGCUGGUCGAUGUCUUUGUCCUCUGCUCCUCGCUGCUCAUGGUGUACUCGCAAGAACCGCGCGGGCACUUUGUCCAGCAGCCAUCGGCCGUUGUUGCCCUCGCCACCGACAGUCUCGUCACCCGCCACAAAGUCCUCGACAUCGACGGCAACGGAUACCACGACAUUUUGGUCGCCUCGGACGCCAACAUCUACGGCAUCCUCCAGUGGCCCUCACCGUGGGCAGAGCACAACUUUGAGCCACGGACGCUGACCCCGCAGACGCUCGCCUGCCUCGCCACUUCCAUCAGUGCUGCCUCGCGCUGCGCGCGUGACACUCUUGUUCUCGACACCUUUGCCUCCACCUGCCGGCACACAACCCACUGGCACAUCAGCAGGUCGGCGCUCAUCCUCGGCACCGGCCGUGCCUCAUCGGGCAUCAACUGCUUCGCGGACGAUGGGAGUCCGCAUGGCGUCUUGUUUUCGAUCGGAUCGCAAAAGGCGCUUCUGCUGAGCAACAUGACGCUCGCCGGCGCAGGCGUCGCCACCGGCUCCGUCUAUGGCUCGUCGGCCUUUCGGCUCUCAGGCAGCCAUGCACUGCUGCGGCUGGACAACGCGCUUGUCACUUCAUUUGACAACAAGGCCGCGCUCGCGUCGCCGGCGUCGUUCCUCGCGCCCGGCGCCGGUGCCGUGGCGUCGAUGGAUGGCUCCGCCACCCUCGACGCGCGCGGAACCGAGUUUCACUCCAUCGUGGCUGGCUCCAAGGGCGGCUUGGUGUACAUCAACUCUCACAACGCGGCUCAUUUCUCGCGGGUUACCCUCAGCAAGUGUAUUGUCUCGGGCGUGUCGUCAGUCUUGGGUGGCGCGUUCUACGUCGAGAGCAACGGGCGGAUCACUGCCAGCGAGAGUCUCUUUGAGCACUGCGCCGCAUCCGAGUUUGGCGGCGUCUUCUACCUCGGACCGGACGGCAUCGCUAUGCUCGCGUACUCGCGCAUGGUCAGCAAUACCGCCUAUGGCUUUGGCGGCGUCUUCUUUCUUCAAGGCGGGAUGUUCAUGUCCGAGGACAACAUGUACCUCGACAACUCUGCCAUGUUUGGCGGCCUCGUCGCGGUCAUUGGCCCGGACCUGGGCUCGCCGGCGGCGCUGUUCCAGUUCCCGGCGGUGUCCAACAUUCGGCCGACAGGUUACGGCAAAGCGUUUACCGCCACCACCUUUGAGCGCGACGUCAUCAACAGCAGUACCGCAUCGUAUGGCGCACUCUUUUUUACCUGCGGGGUGCGAUUCGGGUUUGGCGACUCGGUGACGGGCGCCGGCAACGUUGCGUCCAUCGGUGGCGGUGCCGUUUUUGCCUGUCCCAGCGCCGAUGGCGUGCCACUCACGCUGGACAAGGUUGUGAUCGGCGACGACGCGCGAGUGCUGGCACGUCUGGCGUCGGCCGUCGGCUACGGCGACACGGUGGCCACGCCGGCAACCGCCAUUUUUGGACACGCGACGCGCUCGCCAUGA